UAUACGAAAUGAGCUCUAACUUUGUGGAAAAUAUUGUUUAUUCUUACGGAUAAUAAUAACGUUUGAAUGAAGUAUCGAGGUUGUUGCGUUUUUCAAACAUCAGCAGAUAGAUGUCAUCAGUGAAGCGCCCUCUAUCUGCCGAUGCUAGGGACGCUAAGAAAGUCGACUUUUUAUUUUCACUUCAUAUGAGAAUUAUUUUACAAUAGUUCAUAGAAUUUGUCAGAGACGUUGCGCAUGAAGUGAUUACACUGCUUCAAUAAAUAUAUAUAUAUAUUUACCAUAUUCAUUUAUUGAUAUUUAGGCUUCCUGAUGUCAAAGAUACAGCAACAAUUGAUUUCAAUGGUGAAAUAUUGGAGAUCAAUGUUCAAAUGUUACAAGAGCUAGAUAAAUUGGGAGAGGGAUGUUUUGGAACAGUAUCCUUAGCUGAUGUUAAAGAUCAUCCUCAAGUUAGAAUGGCUAUUAAAAAAAUGGCGUUGCAAAAUACGGGAGAAAAUCAAUACACAGCCAUGACUGAUUUGAAAACAAUACGAGCAGUUGGCUCCGAAGGUUACCCCUAUAUUAUCAAAUUUUAUGCAGCAUUGAUAGACACAGUAAGCAAAAAUAA